ACCGGCAUGGCGUCUACGGGUACAAAGAAAAGGGUCUGCUAUUAUUAUGAUGGUGAUGUUGGGAACUAUUACUAUGGGCAAGGGCAUCCCAUGAAACCACAUAGAAUACGCAUGACUCACAACCUCAUCCUUAACUAUGGACUCUACAGAAAGAUGGAAAUCUAUAGACCUCAUAAGGCUGUGAUGGAGGAGAUGACAAAAUAUCACAGCGAUGACUACGUCAAGUUCCUGAGGACCAUCAGACCUGAUAACAUGUCAGAAUACACCAAACAGAUGCAAAGAUUCAACGUAGGUGAAGAUUGUCCGGUGUUUGACGGUCUCUAUGAGUUCUGUCAGCUGUCAUCGGGUGGCUCUGUAGCUGGAGCGGUUAAACUCAACAAGCAACAGACAGAUAUAGCAAUCAACUGGGCUGGAGGGCUUCAUCAUGCUAAGAAAUCAGAGGCCUCAGGGUUCUGCUAUGUGAAUGACAUUGUCCUGGCUAUCCUGGAAUUACUCAAAUACCAUCAGAGAGUUUUGUACAUAGACAUUGAUAUACACCAUGGUGACGGAGUGGAAGAAGCCUUCUAUACUACAGACCGGGUUAUGACUGUAUCCUUUCACAAGUAUGGUGAAUACUUCCCUGGUACAGGAGAUCUCAGGGAUAUUGGUGCAGGCAAAGGGAAGUACUACGCAGUCAACUUUCCUCUGAGAGACGGCAUUGAUGAUGAAUCCUAUGACAAGAUCUUCAAACCUAUCAUGUGUAAAGUAAUGGAGAUGUAUCAACCCAGUGCUAUCUGUCUUCAGUGUGGAGCGGAUUCAUUAUCAGGAGACAGGCUUGGAUGCUUCAAUCUUACACUCAAAGGUCAUGCUAAAUGUGUGGAGUUCAUGAAGCAGUAUAACCUGCCCCUACUGCUAAUGGGUGGAGGUGGUUACACGAUACGGAAUGUGGCAAGAUGCUGGACCUACGAGACAUCCACAGCCUUGGGAGUAGAGAUCGCUAAUGAGUUGCCAUACAAUGAUUACUUUGAAUACUUUGGACCUGACUUCAAGCUUCACAUUAGUCCAUCUAACAUGACCAAUCAGAACACAGGAGAAUACCUCGACAAAAUCAAGACUCGUCUGUAUGAGAACAUGCGGAUGAUCCCCCACGCCCCGGGCGUCCAGAUGCAACCCAUCCCAGAGGAUGCCAUCCCGGAUGAUAGCGACGCCGAAGACGAGGCGGAGAACCCUGACAAACGCAUCUCCAUCAUGGCUCAGGACAAGCGCAUCCAACGUGAUGAUGAGUUCUCGGAUAGCGAGGAUGAGGGCGAGACGAGGCUUCCGGGCGAGGGCGGUAGACGUGAUCAUAGAUCGCACAAAGCCAAGAGAUCCAAGAUUGAUGACAGCCCAGGCAAAGAGGCGGAUAAAGAAGCAAAGUCAAGUGAUGCGUCAAAGGAAGCCAAACCUGCUGCUGAGCCACAAGCCGUUCCCAUGGAUACAACUCCUGCACCUCCACCUAAAAAGAGUGAAGACAAACCAGAAGCCAGCAAACCAACAGAGGUAAAGGCAAAGCCAGCUGAGAAAGAACCAGGUGAAGGUGAAGCUUCUCCAGCCGACCUUGUUGUACCUGUCCCCAAAGUGAGUGCCCCAAGUGAGGGUGCCACUCUGCCGGCAGUCACCAUCCCCCCAUCAUCAGGAACCAGCCAGCCCCCUGCAGACCCCCCUGUCUCUGCUCCUACCCCUACCCCUGCCUCCGCUCCAGCUGAGAAGCAAGAUUGAUGAUGACAACCAUCCCAGGAUAAUAAACUUGAGAGAAACCCCACCUAUCUUGUGUGAUAUGUUUGGACUAGAAUCCCCCUCAUUCUUCAAAUCUUGAAUUUUGAAGAUAGUAUGUCGUGAAUAAUGCCAAGUCCAAGAAGAACUGUACAAACCCAUGCCAUCUUGCGUGAAGUAAGAUCAUUCAAAGUAAACAAUGCAAUCCCUCUGAUCUCCUUGAUCUCCCUGACAUAGCUUUGAAGGUGUGCUUCAAUGUGCUCUAGAAGUCAUGUUAUUAGUACAACCCAUCUGAACUUUCCUGUAGUAAAAGUUGUUCAGGUAGUAAAGCUUGUUCAGAAAUAAAGUUGUAAACCUCUGCAUAUUUUAGGUUUUUUGUAACAAAGGUGUUUCACUGAGAAAUGUGUAGUGUAUUUACACUUACAUCAUGAUAUUUAAAAAAAAA